AAAAGAUAAAACCUCAGUAGGCCUGACACAACUAAGUAUUCGCUGUAGUAAUGAUAACAAAUUGCUCGUGAUAGUUCUCCCACAGCGAUGGAGUCGAGGGUCACCAGUGGCGCAGGUCAGCCCAAUACCAUUAUGAUCCAGCUGGUGUCCCAACAGCCGAGUUCCUGUGGACAGAUGCAGGCCAUGCCCAUCUCGGUGCAGACCAUUCCCUUGUUUCCCAAUUCCAGACAAACGACAGAGCGACCUUGUCGCCCGGUUUCCAUUGCGCCGAAUACAAGAACUCCGCCGGACGGACCUCCUCGAACGAAUUCCAGAUUCCGUGCCGAGGACUAUGCUCCAACCAAGCGGAAGCAUUCACAAAGCCAGUUUCGUCAUUUCUCCCGUGGCACAAACCAACCACCACCGGUGUACUAUGUUCUUCGUCCAGAGGACCGGAUUAUGCCCAUCUACAUACCACCUCCUAGGUUUGGUAAUAGACAAGGAGCAAAGAUGGAGACGGGGUGUCCUUGCUGUGGCCGUACAACGACACUGAACACGGAGGAGCCUCUAGGAGUACACGUGCCGCAGAAUCCGUCUGCCAUAGUCGAGGAUCAGCAGAAGGAGGCCCCUCGGAGGCGGGAUCAGUGCACGAACACCAUUGACCAACCAGAUGUGGGGAAUGUGAGGACAAUUUACGAAACCUUAGGACGUGCAAUGGUUAACGCUGCCGUAGAGUCAGCCCAGCGAUCCCAACUAGCAGGACCCUCAGACUCCAAGGAUGCGACAAAUAUAAUCAUGAAAUUAUUAACCCAGAUGGGGGAUCAGAAUCAAACCGCAGGUGGGAGUCCACUUUUAGGAGCAGCAGGAAAUCCGGACAAUCACCCGGAUAUGAGCAAGCGGAAAGCCAGCUUCUCGGAAGCAGUUAGCUUGAUGCAGAGAACCGCUUCGGACCCAUCCAUUGGUAAAGCGUCAUCAGAUGAGCUAGUUGACCAGCCUAGGCUUCAAUCUAUACUAUCUGAUGGUCGUUUGCGCGUCGAGUACCCCAAAACGCCGAGGCCAACACCAGUUAUCUCCGCCGAGCCUGGAAACUCCCCCAAUAAACGUAUGUCUACGGAGAGAUUAAGACUCGAUUCUGGAUCUUCAUCCAACGCGGGGAGCUCUAUUGGACAUAGCAUGGCAUAACCAAGGACACCAAAGGUAUUCCAUAUAAAGAACUUCUGUCUUAAAGCAUUAAUCAAGCGAAAAUCAAAUAAAUUGAGCUUUCGAGCACAUUGAACAACAAA